GGGGGGGGGGGCGGAAAGGGGCAGAGCCCCCCCAGACUUGCCGCUUUCCCCAGGGCUUUUGCACCCCCCCCCGCCUUUAUUUUUCUCUGCGAGCGGGAGGAGGGGGCACCCCGCUCCCUCACCUGGGGGGGUGGCAGCGAGCCCCCCCCCCCCGCCUUUGCAUGCCGACGGCUGCCGCCGCCCGCUCUGAGCCCUCGCACCCGGCCGGGGGCUGAGCGCCCCCCCGCCUGGAAAGGCCCCCCCGGCCCGGGGCGCUCCGCCGCCCCGCGCCCCCAAACUUUGCCUUGGAUGCAGGGACUCGUCCGCUCUCCUCCGCCGAGGGUUUCUUGCCGCUGAUUAAUUGCAUCUGCCUGGGAUUAAUUACUCACCCUCCUGCUUUUGUGUGUUUUUUUCUGUUGUGCUUUCUUCUUCUUUCUUUCUUUCUUUUUUUUUUUAAAUUGUGGGGAGUGCUUUCAUUCUUAUUUUUUUGGAAGAAGCUGCUUGGAGAUAUUAUUAUUAUUAUUUUUUGUGCAUGGGGGGGCUGGCGACCUGCUAGCCCUGCAGCAUCAUCCUUGAUCAGCACAUCCUUUUUUUUCCCUUCUUAUUUUUAGGGGGGGUUACACGUGCUCUUCUCCCCCCUGGAUCCCUGAGGAGGAGGAGGGGAACCCAGCCCCCCCCGCCGCCUCGGAGCACCCCAGAUGCUGUAGUUCGCCUGCAGGCGCUGGGGGGGUUGCGGCAGGCUUGGGGUGCGGGCUGGGGAGGGGUGGGGGGCCGGCGAUGGGGUGCCGUGCUCGCUGAGCUGGGGGGGGCCGAGAGCCGAGCCCCCUAACCCGAGCCGGGUCCCCCCCCCUCCCGCCCCCAAAUUCUGCCUGUGGCUGCUGCUCCCGGCUUGCACGUGGUUGGAUUUAGGGGAUUUUUGCGGGUUUUUUUUUUUUUUUUUGGUGCUCGGUUUGGAUUUUUCUCCCUGCCGGGGGGUGGCCCCGGGCCUCGCCCGCCCCCCCCCCCCGCGGCCCCCCCGGCCCUGCGCGCCCCGCACCGCAAUGGCCUCGCCGGAGAGGAUGCGCCCGGGACCGGCCGCGCUGCUCUGCUGCCUCUGCUCCCUGCUCGUCCCCGCCCAGACCAAGGGGGCAGCGCCCAGCCCGGAGCCUGCUGAGCCCCUCAGCGCUGCGACGCUGCCCGUGAGCUACCGCCUGUCCAACACCCGCCUGGCUUUCUUCCUGAAGGAGGUGGGAGCCGGCCCGGCCGGCAACGCCAGCGCCCUGCUGCAGCGCGCCGAGCCCUUCGUCGUCUUCCAGACCAAGGAGCUGCCUGUACUCAACGUCACCCUGGGGCCCUUCAGCACGGGGCUGGUGCUGCCCAAGGAGCAGCUCCAACCCUCCAGCACCCUGGAGAUCCCCGACCGCCUUACGGUCAACUGGAAGGUGCGCGCCUUCAUCAUCCAGCCUCGGGUGGUGGCCAGCCAGCCCGUGGUUCAAGUGCUCUUCUACAUCGCCGGCCGGGACUGGGAUGACUUUGACGUCACCGACCGCCUGCCCUGCGUGCAGCUGCACGCCUUCCGCGACGCCCGCGAGAUCAAGAGCUCCUGCCGCCUCCGGGGCAGCCUGGCGACGUGUUUGGUGCAGGCCGAGCUGCCCCACGCGUGGUUUGGCCCUUCAGCCAUGCCGCUGGGCAGGAGGAAGAGCCCGGAGAGCCUGGAUGUGCCAGGCGAGAGCCAGCAAGCGGAGCUUUAUUACACCCUGCACGUGCCCACCGGUGCCGGCGAGUGCCUCGGCGAGACGUCGCCGCGCCGCGGGGCUGGGGCGGCCAGGACCGAGGGCCCCACGCAGCACCCCUUGCUGCGCAUCGGCAGCAUCAGCCUGCUGCAGCCGCCUGCUUCCCAGCUGAUGCAGGAGCACCGGCUGGACGGCAACAUCUUCAUUCGCUUGCCCGACAAGCCCCUGAAGCCAGGGGAAGUGCUGAGCAUCUUCCUCUACCUGAUGGCCAACUCCACGGUGGAGCAUUUUACACUCAGGGUGAAGGCCAAGAAAGGCGUCAACCUGCUCACCACCAAGUCGAGGAGCCUGCAGUGGCUGGUGACCUCGGAGCUGCUGACAGGUGGCAAGCACUCCACCGCCACCGUUGACGUGGCCCGCGUGGAUGGCGCUGGGCCCAGGGAUGGGGACUCCUCUGCUGAGAUAAUGCAGCUGGAUUUCGAGAUGGAGAACUUCACCAGCCAGUCGGUGACACGCCGCAUCAUGUGGCAUAUUGACUACCGGGGCCGCAACCCACCGCCCGACCUAGAGAAGGUGGUGACAGAGCUGACGGUCAUCCAGAGGGACAUCCGGGCCAUCGUGCCUCUGGCCAUGGACACAGAAAUCAUCAACACGGCCAUCCUGACGGGCCGGACGGUGGCCAUUCCCGUGAAGGUCAUUGCGAUUGAGCUGAGCGGCGUCAUCGUGGACGUCUCAGCUAUGGUUGAGUGCAAGUCCAACAAUGAAGACAUCAUCAAGGUCUCCAGCAGCUGCGACUACGUCUUUGUCAGUGGGAAGGAGUCACGGGGCUCCAUGAGCGCCCGGGUCACCUUCACCUAUGAGCACCUCUCAGCCCCGCUGGAGAUGACGGUGUGGGUGCCCAAACUGCCACUGCACAUUGAGCUCUCGGACGCCCGGCUGAGCCAAGUGAAGGGCUGGAGGGUGCCCAUCCUGCCAGACAGGAGGUCAGUGCGGGACAGCGACCACGAGGAAGAUGAAGAGGAGAGGAAGCAGAGCCGAGGCUGUGCCCUCCAGUACCAGCACACCACGCUGCAGGUCUUCACCCAGUUCCACACCACGUCGGCGGAGGGCACGGGCCAGGUUGUCACCAUGCUGGGACCAGACUGGCUGGUGGAAGUCACUGACCUGGUCAGCGACUUCAUGCGUGUCGACGACCCGCGGGUGGCCCACAUGGUGGACAGCUUCACGCUGGCUGGGAGGGAGCCGGGCACCACCCUCUUCAAGGUCGUGUCACCGCUCAUGGAGGCGGUGCUGGGUGAGACACUGGUGACGGUGGCAGACGAGAAGGUCAGCAUCACAGACCUGAAGGCUCAAGUGGUCUCCAGCCUCUCCCUCUCCCUCCACCCCAGCCCCGGCAAUAGCCACACCAUCAUUGCCAAGACGGCUGCACAACAGACCCUCAGCUUCUUCAAGCAGGAAGCACUCCUCAGCCUGUGGAUUUCCUACAGCGAUGGCACCACAGCUCCCCUCUCCCUUUACGACCCCAAGGAUUACAACCUGGUGGUGACCAGCCUGGAUGAGAAAGUGGUCUCAGUAACCCAGGACCGGGCCUUCCCCUUGGUGGUGGCAGAGAAUGAGGGGUCGGGGGAGCUGCUCCGGGCUGAGCUGGUCAUCUGUGAGAGCUGCCAGAAGACCAAACGGAAGAGCGUGCUCUUCACAGCCUUGGCCAGCGUGCGGGUCCACUUUGGCUCUGAGGAGGACCCUACCUACGACUACGACCAUGUGCCGAGCAAGCCGGGGCUGGCGGGGCGGGAGGAGACGGCAGCAAGUACCACCCUGCGGGCAGAGGUGGAGAGAAAAGCGGAGCCAAGUGAGGACAGUAGGAUGUCUAGCGCAUCUCACCCCACCGAGGACUUCCCCACCAUCCCCACCGGCUUUGUCCAGGUGACCAGGGGGCUGACAGACCUGGAGAUAGGCAUGUAUGCCCUCCUGGGUGUCUUCUGUCUGGCCAUCUUGGUCUUCCUCAUCAACUGCAUUGUCUUUGUGCUGAAAUACCGGCACAAACGCAUCCCGCCUGAAGGUCAGACCAACAUGGACCAUUCCCACCACUGGGUCUUCUUGGGCAACGGGCAGCCCUUGCGGGCUCACAAUGACCUCUCCCCCCAGCCCGAGAGUCCCGGGAACCCCUUGGAAAAUGUCCAGACUUGCUGCCACGGGGACCACCACAGCAGUGGGAGCUCGCAGACCAGUGUGCAGAGCCAGGUCCAUGGCCGUGGGGACGGUUCCUCAGGGGGCUCCACGCGGGACCAGAGCGAGGACCCACUCAACUCGCCCACCUCCAAACGGAAGCGGGUGAAGUUCACCACUUUUGCCACACUGCCCUCCGAUGAGCUGGCCUACAACUCCAUCCCCAUCGCCGAUGAGGAGGACUUGGAGUGGGUCUGCCAGGACAUGGGGCUCCAAGACCCCGAAGAGCUUCACAACUACAUUCGCAGAAUCAAAGAGAUCGCUUAACGCAGGGGCAGAGGGGACGGGGGGAGGGAGGGUGCCGCCACGCCACGCCAUGCCAUGCCACGCCAUGCCGCACCGGCUGCUUCCUGGGGGGGCCAGAGACCCAAAUUUGGCCCUCGUGUGUGUUCUCUCUUUCGCACAUGUCACGUCCUCUUCACCUCGUUCAAAUGCACCCCCCAGCUCUUUUUUCUAUACUUGCCCUUUACGGUUUUAUUUUUCCCAAGAGGAAGCACUGAAUUUAUGCACGGGUAACGAAGCCCGUCAGGCCGUGGGAAGCAGAGGCAGCGUGGGGGCCAAGCUGGGAGCGGAAAACCGGUGCAGAUGAAACUUCUGCGCGUGUCCAGUGGCGAACGGCUGUGGGCCCGGGCCAGAAGGACGCUGCCGUGGGUCCUGCGGUGGGGUGUGGAAGAGGGGAGGUGUCACGGCCCCGCCAGGAGCCCUGCAGGAGAGGAACCAGUUGGUCUGGGCUUGGAGGAGCCGGGCCUUGCACCAGCUGAGCACUGGGAUGUGGUCCGGGGGCGUGGCUUCCCCCUUGGGGGAGUGGCUUCCCAUUGGGGCGUGGCUUCUCCAGUAAGGGGUGUGGCUUACCCCAGGGGGCGUGGCCUACCCGUUGGGGGCGUGGCCUCUGUCCCUGCCCGCGUGCAGCCUGAGGGGCCAGCCUGGGCUCCCGGGCUCGGUGCAGCGCCGUGUUCCCAGUGGCCUCUGCCGCGGCGCAGCAUCUCCCUGGCCAGCCGCGCGUGGCCCCCAGAGGCAAACCGCGACUGUCUUUGCUUUACUUUGUUGCACAAUUUAGGAAUUCAAUAUACGUUCAGGGAUUCGCCGCCCCGCCGCCCUCCUUGGCUCAGCUGCUGUGGCGGAGGGGCUGGGGACGGAGCCUGGCCCCCCAGCUGCCCCCCAGCUGCCCCCCAGCUUGCAUGCUGACCCUCCCUGGGCAGCUGGCCCAGCCCUGCCGUGGGGUUCGCCUGGAGAGAGCGCGGUCCAGGCUGCUGGCCUCACGGCUUCUGGGUGGCACUGGGGGUGCCCGGCCGUGCGGGGAGGGAAGGCGGCGAGCGGCGGUGCUGGGGCAUCCUGCCGCCCCAGGGAGCCGAGCCUUAGUCCUGGCCAGGACCAGAUCUGUCCCAGUUCUCCCAGCACCAGCCCAGUGGGGCUGCCUGAAGCCAGGCGCAGCCGCCCCGGUGCCUUCUGCCUGCCGUGAACCACUGCCUCCCUGCUCACCUCGCUCCUGCGGCAACUCCCCACCCUCCGUCUCCCUCCUGCCUGAGACCCUGGGGCUGCCAGGCUGGUCCCACAGCCAGCCCUGAGCCCAGCCCCGCUCGGAGCAUCCUCACCCAGGCGUCACCCUGCAGGUACCGCUGGCACCUGGGUGCUGGGCAGAUGUGGGGACAGGAGAGCCCCCUGCGUCACCCGGGGUGGGGGGAGGCAGAGGCUGGCAGCGGCUUAUUUCUGGAAUGGAAGUUACCCACCACUGUGUCUAAUUUUUUUUUUUCCUUUCUUAAAUAAAAUACUAGAAAAGAAAAAAAACCCAACAAAACAGAAAGCCAAACCGAACGGCAUUGCAGCACUGUGAUGGGCUGUAUCUCUUUGUCUCCAGGCCCAGGCUUUGGAUGCUCCAAGUGGGCACGGCGGUGGCUGGCGCCGUCCGCCAGGCUUGUCCCUGGGGUCUGCCGGGGGGACAACGAGAGGCUGGGGUCUGGCUCAGUGCAACCCCCCAUUCCGGGUGCUGCCACCACCCUGAGCCCCACGGGCAUCGCUGGGUCUGACCCCGCAUAAGCGCACACAUUGGCAUCACCAGUGCCAGCUGAGCCCUUGGGGCCGGGCGUUUUGGACCCCCCCAGGAUCCUUUUCCCCCCUGGCAACCUGAGGCUGAGCAGAGGCCGGUGCCGUGGAAGAGGCGAUGGCACAGCCACCUCUCGCGCUGGUCCCGUGCCUCAGUUUCCUUUGCUGGAAAGCAGCAGCCUGCGGCAGUAUGUGGUGGUGUGAAAGGCUCUUUAAAGGGUUUAUCAUUUUCAGGCUAUGAGAAUUUCUCCCCCAGCGGCCUUAAAACUUACCAGUUAGCUCUGUGCUGAUUUUAUAUAUACAUAUACAUAUAUAUAUAUGGGGGAAUUGAGAUAUGCUCAAAGACCAGUUACAUUUUACUGUGCCCUGUUAUCUAAAGGACCCAGGUACGACUGAAUGAGCCACUGAUCUAAUAAUAAUUCUGAGCAGUAAAAUUAAUACAGCCGAAUUCCCUGCUUGGAACUUCUAAACCUCAUCGUUAAAUUAACAUAUAUGAAUAUUUGUUAAAAAAAAAAAAAGAAGAAGAAGAAGAAAAGGAGGGGGAAAGGUAAGAAAAGUGUAUAAUAAAAUUUUAUAAUUGUAAUAAGA